GACGAAGCAACAAGGCAAAAUCAUUAUUUCUGCUGAAAAGCCUGAGUGGACUAGCCACAUCCUUUGGUACAACUCAGCUGAAACCAGGAUUGACAUCACUUUUAUUAAAUCACCAAGGAUCAAAAAACGUGUCACCAUCAGUAGUAAAAAGUACAAACGUUCCCCUGACAGACAAUCAACAGCUCCAUACAAAGGUUUCUCACUUGCUUUCAGCAUUUAGGCAAGUGAAAAACAUCAUGUCACAGGUACAGACACAAACCAUCAGACCAACCACACAGACAAAUACACACAGUAGUCACAAUCAGAACCAGUUAGUACACUUAGGUCAGCAAACAGAUGGAGGCAUUACUUUAGCACGUCUACAGGCUCAAGUACCGGCUAAUACGCUGCAUCAGCCCAACACAGCUGGACAUUAUACAAUCAAUUCAAAUUUGACACAAUAUGAAACGGGCGUUUUUGUCACAAUUUCUCCGGCCCAUUUAGAAAGUCCUACAUCAAAUCUAGCAAGCCUAGACGUGGUGAUGCCUCGCAUUGAGCUGUCCCAACAACCCAACAUAAUUGAUGUCAACUACCCGCCUAAAAUACCUCCUAGCACACACACUUCUGAUCCUGAUCUACAUAAAGCUGAGCUCAUUACUACCAUAAAAAUGCUGAGCAACGAAAUUAAAAUGCUAGCACAAGCCGAUGGAGCUAAUGUGCCCUCUAUUACUGCCUCGCAUCAGAGUUACAACAGUGGACAAUAUGUACAAGAAACUCCACAUCAGCAGAAUCCAUAUCAGCAACAACCAUCAUCGGCAUAUGCAAAUUAUUAUCAACCACCAGCUCAACAACAACCAAUGCAGCAGCAACCAUUGCAGCAACAACCAAUGCAGCAACAACCAUUGCAGCAACAACCAAUGCAGCAGCAGCAGCCACAACAGCAGCAGCAACCAGCACAACAGCAGCAACCAGCACAACAGCAGCAGUACGCUAACCAGCCAGGUACCUUUGGUCAGUCUCCACCAGCUACGGAAAAUUUAGACCCAUUUUCAUCACAGUUUGACGUUAAUGGACUAAAGCCAACUAUAUUUAAUCCACAAUAUCAACCGCCACCACAACAGAUCCCACAACAACCAGCACAGCAAGCGUUUGGACAAUCUAAUACCAAUGAAUUUGCUGGAUUAUUGGACCAACCAACAUAUCGUCAAAAUCCUCAGUCCCCUACAAAUAAAGUUGAUUUCGCUGCAAAAGGACCAAAUCCUAUACAGUUGAAUCAGUUCUUGGCACAGCCAAUGGCGCCAAAAGAUUCGAAUUCUUUGUCAAAUAACUUAGAUGUACUAUUAGGAACAUUGCUGAGUAGUAGUGCGCAAACAAAACCAAAGACUACAACAAAACCACCAUCGCCUUCUGGGCCAUCGUUGAUUAGCGAUCGACUCAAUGAUUUUAUUCUAGGACCCAAAUCUGAAUUUAGAAGUAAUGCAUUUAGUGAAAUACCAACAAAUGGUGCUGCGUAUGACUCUUUAAAUCCUCUGGCUGGAUUUAUGGGAGAAACCCCUCCUCCUCCUACAACAACCACCCCAGCUCCACCUGGAAGAAAUGGAGACUUUUUGGCUGGUUUUAUUGGUGUAAACAAAGAAAUAGUACAACCAAAGGCACAAACAGAGAGUUUUCAGCCAAACAUCUACAUGUAUGAUUACCAACAACAACAAUCCAAUCAAGUUACACCUACUCCACCAUUAACUACAGAUGCUGGAUUAAGUAGCCUAGGAACUCAGGAUCUCAGUGCAUUAGUCCAAAAACUCUUGGGGGUGUUGGCAGUCAAACAAGCAGCUGUAGCACAAGGCCGAUGAUAAAGAUUUUAAAUAUAGAAAUUGAUGACGCGUAUAGGUCUGUUACAUCAUGAAAGUCUUGACAUUGUUAAAUUUAGCAAUUACACAUUGAAACUGCGCUUCUUACUUCAGAACUUUUAAAAUAAAGUUUUUGAUUGCAGAAUU